AUGACACAAGUAAAAAAUGAAGAUGAUGAUAAUGAUUUACGGCUAACGGAUCAAACUACUUUUGUACCUGAUAAUUUGCUGGAUGAGUUAUUGGAGCCAGAUCGUGUUGUGGAAGCGGAGUACUUUCUUGAAGCCUGCUCAAGCGAAGAAGGCGGGAUUACACACAAUACAAACGUUGUUGUUGGUAAUGGUUGUGAAUCUGUCGACGUCAAUGAAGAGAGAAGUGACAACACGAAACAGUAUGGGCUGGAAAUUUCUGAUGUUUCUAAGAAAACGGAGACCAUUUCAAGAAUAGUGAAUAAAAGAGAGAAAGUUCGUUUGUACUGUCUUGACUUUUGGUCAGCUAAAUCAAAGCAAGCAUAUGAUUCCAAAGAAGGAAAAUUGCAGAAUAUUGGUGAUGGUAGUAGUAAAAAAAAAGAGGAAAUGGCAGUGGAUAAUGUUGAGAAAAACGGAACUUCAGAAAAUAGUGAUACUGUUGGUGAGGGCAAUGAUGAUGAAAUAGAUGAUAAAGACGGGGAGAGUGAAGAUGAAUACGUGGUGGAAAAAAUCCUUGACAAAAGAUACAAUCGACGGAAGAAAAGAAUCGAAUAUUUAAUUAAAUGGGCAGGGUAUGACAACGAAAGUGAAAAUACAUGGGAAUCUGCAGAAAAUUGUAAAUCUGCUCCUGAUGCAAUUCGUGAAUAUGAGGAUAGUCUGAAGAAAAAUACGAAGAAGUAUUUGCUACGAAAUAGACCAAUAACAGAGGAAAGUGUUUCAAAUGAUGACGAAGAGAAACCACCGAAAGCUUUAAAAAGGAAAACAAAUGAAAUUAAAGAGGAACCAUAUUCCGAAGAAAGUAUCGAUGAUGACAGCGAAGAAAUUCAGUCAAAACGUACUAAAAUUGACUGCAUUCUUGGUGUCAAGAAGGAAGGUAAUGAAGUCCUGGCAGUAGUGCGUUUUGAGGAUGGACAUCAUGAUCUUAUAUCUACUCGGAUAUUAGUCAGCAAAUGUCCAAAGGUAAUUUUUAUAAACAUUUUGAACACUGCUUUCACUAGAAUUCGUAGCUAA